AAGUCGACGUCGUCGUUGUUUAGGUGUGGGAUCCGAAUCCGAUCACCUCUUGUUUCAGUAAUUUGUACUAAUUCGAUCCACUUUCAAUUCCGCCCCCCGGCAGACGUCCAAUUACAGCAUCAUUUUAUCUUAGAAUUGCCCCUCUAGAUUUCUCAUAGUUUUCAAUCAUGUCCCUGAAUAUGAAAACCCUCACUCAGGCCUUCGCCAAGGCCUCAGCAGCGAUCGAGAAAACGGUCCAAACCACGGUCCAGGAAGUCACUGGCCUGCCCAAGCCCUUACAGGACUACGACUUGCUCUACCAGAUCGGGUCCGCCGGCCCGGGACUCGCCUGGAAGCUAUAUUCUGCUAAGUCCCGUGACGGCCACGCGGUGUAUCCCAACGUUUGUGUUUGGCUGCUUGACAAGAAGGCACUGUCGGAGGCGAGGCAGCGGGCCGGGCUUUCCAAGGCUGCGGAGGAUGCGUUUUUGGAGGUUCUCAGGGCUGGUGCUUCCCGGUUGGUCAGGCUGAGGCAUCCUGGGGUUGUGCAUGUGGUCCACGGGCUUGAUGAGAGUAAGAACGCAAUGGCUAUGGUUACUGAGCCUUUGUUUGCAUCGGCCGCAAAUGCUUUGGGGAAUUUGGAGAAUGUUGAGGAAGUGCCCAAGGAGCUCAAAGGAAUGGAAAUGAGAUUAUUGGAGGUGAAGCAUGGUCUCCUACAAAUUGCAGAAACUUUGGAUUUUCUCCACAACAAUGCUCAUCUUAUUCAUCGGUCUAUAGCACCUGAGACAAUUUUAAUCACAUCUAAUGGAGCUUGGAAGCUAGGUGGAUUUGGUUUCGCAAUAUCUACAGAUCAAUCAUCCAGUGAUUCAGCAAAUUUGCAGGCUUUCCACUAUGCUGAAUAUGAUGUUGAAGAUUAUUUGCCCCUUCAGCCAGCACUGGACUACACUGCUCCUGAACUUGUUCGAAGUAAAACAUCUACAGUUGGAUCUGCCUCUGAUAUCUUCAGUUUUGCAUGUCUUGCCUACCAUUUGGUUGCUCGAAAACCGUUGUUUAAUUGUCACAACAAUGUCAAAAUGUACAUGAAUAGUUUGACAUACUUAUCCAGUGAGGCUUUCUCGUCAAUACCGCGGGACUUGGUUUCGGACUUGCAAAGGAUGCUUUCUUCUAACGAGGCUUUGAGACCAACAGCAAUGGACUUUACAGGGUCACCUUUUUUUCAUAAUGACACUAGGUUGCGUGCACUUCGUUUCCUGGAUCACAUGCUUGAAAGGGAUAACAUGCAGAAGACCGAGUUUCUAAAAGCAUUAUCAGACAUGUGGAAAGAUUUUGAUCCGCGUGUCUUGCGGUAUAAGGUACUUCCACCACUUUGUGCUGAGCUUCGGAAUCUGGUCAUGCAGCCAAUGAUACUUCCCAUGGUUCUUACAAUAGCAGAGUCUCAGGACAAAAAUGAUUUUGAGCUGUCUACUCUUCCAGCUCUUCUUCCUGUCCUAAAUACUGCUGCAGGUGAGACAUUGUUGCUACUUGUGAAGCAUGCCAAGCUUAUUAUCAAUAAGGCUAGUCAUGAGCACUUGAUUUCCCAUGUUCUACCGAUGCUUGUUCGAGCUUAUGAUGACACUGAUGCUCGUAUGCAAGAGGAAGUUCUGAAAAAGACUGUAUUGCUUGUUAAGCAGCUGGGUGUUCAGCCACCUUCAACUGUAUACAUGUCGGCACUUGCAGUCAUAGAAAGACUGCAGAUGGAGAUGGUGCCAGAUACCGAAGCAUUUAUGAAGUUUGCAUUCCACCAAGCAAAGCUUGCUUUAGAUAGCCUUGAAGUUCCUGUUGGCUGUGUCAUUGUGGAUGAAGGGAAUAAUAUUAUUGCCUCUGGAAGAAAUCGAACCACUGAGAGCCGAAAUGCUACGAGGCAUGCAGAGAUGGAAGCCAUUGAUGUGCUUCUGGACCAGUGGCGAGAAACUGGACUUUCAAAGGUUCAAGUUGCUGAAAAGUUUUCAAACUGCACCCUUUAUGUCACAUGCGAGCCGUGCAUUAUGUGUGCUGCAGCCUUAUCAAUGCUUGGUAUAAAACAAGUGUAUUAUGGCUGUGCAAAUGAUAAAUUUGGAGGCUGUGGAUCGAUAUUGUCACUGCAUUCUGGAGAUCAUUCGAGGAAGGGUUUCAAGUGUCAAGGAGGAAUAAUAGCAUCAGAGGCAGUCUCUCUUCUACGGGCUUUCUAUGAGCAGGAUAAUCCCAAUGCUCCUAGACCUCAUAGACCACUGAGUCAAUCGAUUUAGGACUAUAGAUUCUCUGAUUUAGGUCAAUGAAAGUGACUGACCCUUUGUUGCUCCUACAACGAUGCCUCUGUAAUCAUUCAUUAUUAAGAGAUCUGUUAGUGAAAUAA